AUGUCCGAUCAUAUUGUCAUCAUGUCACCACAAAUCAAUGUCGAUGAAGUGACACCAACAACGGCUACAUUGUCUUGGACAGCUGUGCCAGGAGCCACAGGCUACCAGAUCAAUCUUACCGGUCAGGAUGGCUCCCAGAGUACGGUCUCGUCAGCAACAGAAUCCAUGACGCUGUCAAAUCUGUUGCCAGGGUUCUCAUACGACGCCCGCGUAGUGGCCAAUUUAGCCGGACAGGGUGGACAAUUAGAAGUGGGAACUACAACAUUCACAACAAGCCAAUCAAACUCGGUGACGGUUAACAAUAUAACGCCCUCAACGGCCAGCCUGUCAUGGACCGCUCUUACUGAAAACACCGUUUAUCAGAUCAUCUACACUGGACCAGAUGGCAUAGAAAGAACAAUUGCAUCUAGGACGAAUUCAGCCAGUCUCAGUAAUCUAGUGCCAGGAUUUAUGUACACAUUUCGUGUGCAAGCGGAUAUAGGAACCACUACAUUUGUAGUAGGCACCGCAACGACGAAUACAGGUUAUAGGAUCAUCUACACAAACACUGGACCAGGUGGUCUGGAAAGGACAGUCCCUUCUGGAACGAAUUCUGUUACCCUUUCUGGCCUUAGUGCAGGCGCAUUCUACGAUGUUCGCGUCGAGGCAAUUACUAGCACCGGAACAACUGUUGUUGUAGGCACUACUCUUGUCAAUACAGAUACGCUACCAUUUGUGUUCGUUAGAGAUGUAACAGCAACCACAGCAAGUGUCUCAUGGAUGACCAUACCUGGAAACCCAACUUACCUGGUCUUCUACACUGGGCCAAAUGGCUUGCCACAGACAGUCGUCUCUUCUUCGGAUUCAGCUGAUCUUACUGGCUUAACCCCAGGAUCAGCUUACAACGUUAUUGUCAGAGCUAAUCUACCCGACGGAAUGGGGACAAAUGAAAUAGGGACUGUUACAUUUAAUACAGAUCCAUUGGUUUCUAGUCCGGCACCAAGGGAUGUCUACUUCCAGUCACAUGAGCUAGACUUCUUCACCGUGUCUUGGGAGCCCGGAGACAUCACGGAUGUAACCGGUUAUCUCGUAGCUUACACAGCUGGAAGCUCUGGUUUCCAGAGGAGUGUUAAUGACCCUACAACAACUACGAUUACUGUGCAGGAUGACACUCUGGCAGGCAAUCCACCCACCGGGGUGUUAGUAGUCCCUUUCUUAGGGGGAAAAAUCGAUACGAACUACCUUGUAUCGGCUGAGGACCCACCUCUUUCAGCUCUACCCCUUGCUCCAACAAGCGCUACCGUUCAGAGUACAUCGGCUACCAGCUAUGAGCUUAGGUGGGCCACUACCCCAGGUGUGGAUGGGUAUGUGAUCUCAUAUGCAACAGCCUCAGGAGAUGGGAUCUCCAGUAGAGAAGUGGCUAUGGGCAGGACGUCAGAACAAAUCACGGGUCUAUCGCCGAACACAGACUACACGUUCAAUCUGUAUAGCCAGAGAAACGGCCUUAGAACCCGUGCGGCUUUGACAAUACUUCCACCAGGUUCCCCUGAUACUACACCACCCUCUGUGAUCUGUCCUGUUGAUAUUAACGAGCUAGUUGAAAUAGGAACUGCCUUUGCAGAGAUAUCAGUUCCACAACCCACUGUUACUGAUGAAUCAGGCACUGUGGUACUUGUGAGUUCAACUCUGCCAACGACAAAUCAAUUUCCUCUUGGACAAACACCAGUCACAUUUACCUACCGGGAUUCAGCAUUGAAUCAAGCUUCUUGCACCUUCACAGUCACCGUGUCAUCAUUUGACAGUAUGCCGCCCGUCGUGACGUGUCCAUCCGACAUCGUCAACACAAUUGCUGCUGGUUUGCCUGGUGUGUCCAUACCUUUCGCUAGUGCAACUGUCACUGACAACUCGGGUAGUUUUGUCCUUGUGAGCGUUAUUCCGCCGUCUGGGAGUACAUUUCUUGUAGGAACCACUCCCGUGACGUAUACGUAUAGGGAUCCCUCCGGUAACCAGGGUUCUUGUACCUUCUCUAUUACCAUCUCUAUUGGGUCCCCGGCAACAAAUGUAAUGGUCGAUUUGGUCACACAAGAUUCCAUUACACUAUCCUGGCCGGUCGUUCCAUCCAAUCUUAUUUAUCAGAUUGUGUAUAUUGACCCCAGUGGCUCUCUAUCCCAAACAACAUCAACCACUGAAACUGCUACCUUGACCAAUCUUCUUGAAGGCACUACUUAUAACAUCACCGUCCUUAGUUUCACCAGUACAGGACAGGUGGAAGUUGGCACUGUUAUUGCGACCACAUCCUCACCCAGACAGUUCAACUGGGGACCGUAA